GAGGAUGGGGUUACAGAGCGGCCUGGGGGAAGGGUUUGGGGUGACAGAUGAUGGGGAACCAGCUGGUGUGGAGCCAUAGGAGAGGGGGCAGGGCUUAGGGCUGCUGGAACCCCCCCGCAUCUCCCAUUGGGUGAGGAUGCAGCUCAAUGGGAUCCCCUGUACUGCAUGGAGUGGGGCUGAGCUGCUAGCAGCCUCCCUCACCCCCAGGCUGCCCCACACCUCACCCACUCGAGAGCAGGGCCGUGGGCACAGCCCAGUGAGGGGAGUUCCUGGUGGGCACGCUGUGAGGCUGCGGUGCCAACAUGAGCAUUGAGAAGGAGGCAAAUGCUGCAGGAGGGGCACCCAGCAAGGUGCAGCGUGUGUGGGCAGACUGCAGCCGCCCCUGGCUCUGCCCAGAGAAGCUGAAGCUGGCCAAGAUGCAGGUGGAGAAGGCUAUCAAGGAGAAGAAGAUCUUCACGGUGCAGGGCCGCUACCCUGUGAUGCGCAGCCUGCUGCGUGCACGGGGCUGGGUGGAGAGGAAGUCACCACGCAGGGCGAGGCAGCAGGAGGCAGGUGGUGGCAGAGCACAGCACAGCCCAACACAGCACAGGGUGCAGCUGCCCCUGGAGUCCCUGUGCUCCAUGUGGCCGCCCAACAAAGAGGAGGAGGAGGAGGAGGAGGAAGAGCAGAUGGACAAGGACAAGGACAACCCUGACGCAAUCCAUGACCUCAUGUCCCGCAUGGUGAAGGACCAGGUGCCCUACUUCAUCUGGAGCAGCCGCUGCAAUGUUGCAGAGAGAUACGUCCUGCAGCCAGACCAGAUGGUGAACCACUAUGCCCAAGGGGGCAGCCUCACCACCAAGGAGGGGCUGUGCCUCACCCUACGCAGCUUGCCCUGGUUUGACCAAGCCGACCCCGAUACCUUCUUCCCUCGCUGCUACCGGCUGGGUGCCAUGGAAGAGCGUCAGGCCUUCAUCGAGGAUUUCUGCCUCACUGCCGCACGCAGCCUGCUCAAGGUGGCCCUGGAAAGGGCUGAGGGUGAGCACACGGCGCUGGACCCACCCCCAAAACCCAGUAAUGCUCCAGUGGGGCCGCCCCCCCUGCUGCCCGCACAGCUGGUGGAGGAGGCGCUGCGGGUAUGCGGGGGGCACCUGGACAUCUUGACCCACCAGGACAUCGAUGUGGACACGCAGCCCCACAGCCCCACCUGGGCCAGCUUCCUGCAGGGCUAUUACCGCGUGGUGCACGAGGGGGCCGAGCUGCAGCUGAGCAUGGCACAGCGGGAGCAGGUCCGCAGCCUGCUGCAGGGCCUGGCAGAGCAGCUGCCCCAGCUGCACAUGGAGGGCGAGCACAACGUCUGGAUCCUCAAACCCGGCGCUGCAUCCCGGGGCAGAGGCAUCGUGUGCGCGGCGCGGCUGAACCAGCUGCUGCAGCUGGCGGGCUGUGCCGUGCGGGAGGGCCGCUGGGUGGUGCAGAAAUACGUGGAGCGGCCGCUGCUCAUCUUCGGUACCAAGUUCGACGUGCGGCAGUGGUUCCUGGUGACGGACUGGAACCCGCUGACCAUCUGGUUCUACCGCGAGUGCUACCUGCGCUUCUGCUCGCAGCCCUUCUCCCUGCGCCGCCUGGAUGCGGCCGGCCAUCUCUGCAACCAAUCCGUGCAGCGGCACUGCCGCCCGGGGUUAUCCCGACACCCGCAGCUGCCGGCAGACAACACGUGGUCGUGCCACCAGCUGCAGGACUACCUGGCACAGCAGGGCCAAGCUGGCGUCUGGGCGGAGGUGAUGGUGCCAGGCAUGAAGGCGGCGGUGGUGCGGGCGGUGCGGUGCUCGCAGGGUUUGGUGCGGGGCCGUAAGGGCAGCUUUGAGCUCUAUGGGGCCGACUUCAUUUUUGGCGAGGAUUUCCAACCCUGGCUGCUGGAGAUCAAUGCCAGCCCCACCAUGGCGGGCCACACGGCGGUGACGAGCCAGCUGUGUGCUGCGGUGCAGCGUGACACGCUGAAAGUUGUCAUCGACCGCCGGGACAACCCCGAGUGCUCCACGGGAGCCUUUGAGCUCAUCUACAGGCAGGCAGCUGUGCCCACCGUGCACUACAUCGGGCUGAAGCUGGAGGUGGAAGGCUGCUCCCUGCACAGACCACGCCGCGCUCCCCGCUCCCUGGCUGCAGCAGGGGAAGCUCCCCCAGGUGUUGUGGGGACGCAACCCAGGAAGCCCCCAGGGCUUCUGCCCCGGCUCAGAGAGCUCAGGGACCGUCCCCGUUUGCCCAUCAAAGUCUAUCACGGAACUCUUCCCCCCCUCGACCCCCUGCCCCUGCUGCGGAGCACUUGGCCCCAUGGCAAAGAAAAGGGAUGCAGGGCUCAGGAGGGGGCAAAGAGGAGUGGUGACAGCCCGGUAUGCCCCCACCUCUCUCGGCAGAAAUAAAUCUGAGUGGGA